AUGGAAAACGGAAUUACAUUAUCGAUUAGAAUACAUACUCCUCCCCCUUUAGAACCUCUAUCACAUCUCGCUAUAGUGUAUGAAGUGUCGUGGAGUAUUUGGGAGUUAUCGAUUUUUGAGUUCAACCACGAUUCGGUGAUGAGAAUAAUUUUAAAAGUUUUGGAAACUAAAAGUAACCUAAGGGAUUCGAUCUUAUUGACUAAGCUCCUACUAUUGAAAUAUAAACAAUUAUAAAAAUAAGUAAAAUCAGUAAAAUUAAAAUUUUUUGAAACCUUCAAAGG